AGGUGCCAACACAGAUGACAAUACCAACAGAGAUGGCUCUGGCACAGCCGACACAGCAAAAACAGCCAUUGAAACCAGAUGAGCCUGAACAGAAUCUUCCAAAUGUGCCAGAGUCAACAACCCCAUCGCUGGAGGUUGCUGAGACCCCGACAGGCAGGUGGACACCCUUCAUAGAGAGCAUUAAGAGAGAGGCUGAAGGCAUAGCUAUGGCUACCAUGGAGGAACGGAUGACCCAGGGCUGCGUGGAUUUGGUGCGAAUGGCGGAGGAGGUGGCCAGACACAGCUGAGACGGCCAUCAGGCAGAUGCAAGGUGCCCAAUCAAUCAAACUGUCCAUUCAAAGCCAGGAAGCCAUUCUGGAGGAAGAAAAAGACUCAGAUAGGUGCCAGGUGUGUCCUGCUGAGGAGGACCCAGUGGAGGCAGCAGAGAGUACCCCUCAGACAGAGCCCAGAGAGGCUGCAUCACCCGACAUUGAACCAGAACCCCAGGAGGAGCCAGAGCCCCAGAGGGCCUCUCCAUCCCCUCGUUCAAGCCCAGAGCCAGAGCGAUUCAAGACAGUAGAGCCUGAACCUAAACCAAAGGCCCAGGACGCCAAAGAAGCACCUGAACCGGUGACCCAACAACCACAGAAAGCAGAGGACUGCAACAAACCUAACACCACUACCAAGGAGGAGUGGAAGACUGUAGAGGAGGGCGACUGUGGUAUUAAGUAUUUGCUCAUUAUAAUACAACUGUUUUUAUGUUUGAAAGGAGAAUAUUAUAACGACAUUUGAAUGCAUAUCUUCUAUCUUGGUUUGUAAGUCCCAUGAUGGACCUGGCCAAUCUUUUCUCUUCGGAGAAUGCAGUGACCACAACGUGUGUGUGCCUGAAUUUUGCUUGGGUGUGUGCAUUCAUGCUUUCUCACAGUGCUAUCUGGUGACAGACAAUGUGACUGAAGAAGCUCACGUCAGAGUGUUCAUUUGGAUGAGUGUUGUCUUGUGCUGCCUGACUGACGGUGCUGUGCUCUCCUCCCAGUCCCUUCCAGCUGCGAUGCAGUAAAGAGCUGUCUCAUGCAUAUCCCUCACGCGCCUGUGUGCCUCAACAGCUUCAAUAACUUGCUGAAAGAGUCAUUACCUCUCCUAAACUUCCCCCAUGCCCCAGCUCCCCACCAACCUCUCCCAGUUCACCUCCCAGGUCACCCAGCUAAUGCCCUCUCUCCCCCCAGAACUCUCCCAAGAGUUCUUCCAGUACUCUCGUCCAUUCACCCAAAUGUCCCAGCGUGUCUCCCAACUGCCCCAACAGAUCUCUCAACUGCCCCAACAGAUCUCUCAACUGCCCCAACAGAUGUCCCAACUGCCCCACCAGCUCCAAGUUUAAAUACCUCUGCAGUUACCUGGUCUACCCACCAACCUACUCCAGCAGUUAUCCAGCUUACCCCAAAUCCUGGCCAAUCUUCCCAGCCAGAUAUACAACUUACCUCAGCGAGUGGGACAGUCCUACACCAACGUUCAGAACCGCCUGAACAACCUU